AGGUCCACUGCAAGUUUCAGGAAGAGUUCAACACCUGAGCUGUGUGAUUCACAGCAAAGUACGUGAGGUGAAGCACCGCACCGCUCGAGGUCAAAAAGGAAAACAUGAGCUUUAAUUCUCUCUCUGAGGAGCAGUUCAGUUGCUCCAUCUGUCUGGAGAUAUUUGUGGAGCCCGUCUCCACACCAUGCGGCCACAGCUUUUGCAAGGCCUGUCUACAGGGCUAUUGGAACCACAGCAAGAAGUUCCUGUGCCCAAUGUGCAAGAAGAGCUACUCUAGAAAGCCUGAGAUGAGCGUCAACAGGGUCCUGGCUGAAAUAUCCUCCCAGUUUCAGGGGCUGACGGUGGCUAAAGGCACCGCCUCUCAGGGAUCCAGAUGGAAUUUGAGCUCAGAUACGGGCCAGAGCAGCUCGCCAGUGAAGGAUACCGGAGAGUUUGCCCAGCCUGGGGAUGUUCCUUGUGAUGCUUGUAUUGGAAGGAAGUUAAAGGCGCGGAAAUCUUGUGUGAACUGCCCUGGGUCUUUCUGUGAGUCCCAUCUCAGGCAUCAUAAGAAGGUCAAGACACUGACAUCUCAUCGUCUGAUUGAACCAACUUUCCACCUGGAAGACAAAAUCUGUAAGAAACACGAACGUCUCCUGGAUGUCUACUGCCGGAGCGACCACAUAUGCAUCUGCUCUGCCUGUGCCGAUGCUACACACAAAUCCCAUGAGACUGUCUCCAUUGACCAUGAAUUUAAGAAGAAGAUGGGUAACGUGGGAAAGAAGAGAUCAGAGCUGAAACAUCUGAUCAAGGAGAGAGCCAAGAAACUUGACGAGAUCAAACAGUCCAUCAAGGUCAUAAAGGCCAGUGCUCAGAAGGAGUUGGAGGAAAGCUGGCAGGUGUACGCAGAGCUGCAGCGUCUGGUGGAGCAGAGUCAGGCGGAGCUGGUUGAGCUGAUAGCCACGAGGCAACGUGAGGCGGAGCGUCACGCCCAGGAAAUGGCCAGGGGUUUGGAGAAUGAACUCAGCCAACUGAGGAGGAGGAGCAAUGAGCUAGAAGCCCAUGCACAGACACACGACAAAGUGCUUUUCCUUCAGAACCUGACGUCACUGUCACCCCCACCCGAGCCCACUGAUUGGUCAGCAGUCAGCAUCAAUACUGACCUUUAUCUGGGAACCAUCCGGUCUUCGGUCAGCGGCCUCAUUGAUAAGUUCCAGGAUGAGCUUAAAAGAAUAUACGGGAAAGAGCUCCGGAAGGUGCAGAACUACGCAACUGAGGUGAUUCUGGACCCUGCCACAGCCCAGAGGAACCUGACUGUGUCUGAUGAUGGUCAGCAGGUGAGAUAUGAAGAGCGCAAGUCCACUCACUCUGAGGGUCCAAAGCGCUUCAGCCCGGCCCUCUUUGUCUUGGGCCGGGAGGGGAUCAGCACGGGGCGACACUACUGGGAGGUGGAUGUGUCGCGAAAGACGGCCUGGACGCUCGGCGUAGUCCGCGCUUCUGCCCGACGCAAGGGUGAGAUCAAGCUGAGUCCCGAGGGUGGAUACUGGUGCCUGUGGCUGAAGAACGGGGAGGUGAAAGCGCUGGCGUCGGCCCGCUUGCCUCUAAUGCUGCCUUCCCAACCCAGUAAAGUCGGAAUCUUUCUGGAUUACGAAGGAGGCCAGAUUUCUUUCUAUGAUGUGAAGGCUCGUCUGCAUCUCUACAGUUUUAGCGAUAGCUUCAGUGAGAACCUGUACCCGAUCUUCAGCCCCUGUCUCACCCAGGAGGGGAAGAAUAACGCCCCGCUCAUCAUAACCCAUGUUAAACACAGCAGCUGCUCUCUGCGACCUCGAUAUCACAGCAGGUUUGAUGACCCAUUCAAAGGCUGGUUGCUUGCACUGAAAAUGACCCUGCCUCUCCGCCGUGCAGGAAUGGCCACCACUGGGAACCUUUCAGAAGAGCAGGUGCACUGCUCCAUCUGUCUGGACGUCUUCACCAACCCCGUGUCCAUCCCCUGCGGACACAACUUCUGCCAGAGCUGCAUCCUGGGAUACUGGAAAAGCAGUCCUUUGUAUCAGUGUCCCAUGUGCAAGAAGUCCUUCUACAAAAGGCCCGAUAUUAGCGUCAACACCGUCUUGAGGGAAAUCGCAGAGCAGUUCAAGGAGAUUAGGAUUAAAAGCAUGGAAGGGAAGGGGAGCAAGGAAGAGGGAGAGGGGAAGGAAAGGAAGUGGACAAUAGAAAGGAGGAAAAGGGAGGAUGAGGAGAGGCUUUUGGAGAAAGACCAGAAAGAGCAGCUUUUGGAGGAGCUGAAGCUGAAGCAAGAGGAGAAGAGAAAGAAAGAGGGAGUGAAGGAGAAACAAGGAGAGAAGAGGCCACAGCAAGAAGACUUACCACCUUUAAUCCCUCCGGUCUCACCUCCGAAGACCUCUCCUCCACUGGCACACCAAGCCACAGCACAAGAGCCACCACCUCCAUUUCCCCAAACAUCACCCCCACCCCCACCUCAAAUCUCUGCUUCUCAACUUCCUCAAACUUUACCAUCUCCUCCUUUCUCUUCGCUCCCAUCUCCAUCUUGGGAGGAAGUCCUGUGUGACGUUUGCCUCGGGGAAGGUAGGCCGAAGGCAGUCAAAUCCUGCCUGGUGUGUCUAACUUCCUACUGCGAGGAGCAUCUGAAAUGUCACUCGGCCCGCUUCACUAAGCACAAGCUGAUGGAGCCCGUUGCCAACAUGGAGGACAGGAUGUGUCCAAAGCACGAGAGGCUCCUGGAGCUGUUCUGUAAGAAGGAUCAGAUGUGCGUGUGCGUCCUCUGCACCGAGACGGACCACAGGGCGCACUACACCGUCCCUGUGGAGAGAGAAUGGACAGAGAAAAAGGCGCAGCUUAAGAGGACAGGAAUAGACGUCCAGCAGAUGAUCCAGGACAGAGUGAAAAAGGUGGAGGAGAUCAAACACUCUGUGGAGCUCAAUAAAGCCAGCGCUCAAAGAGAGAUCGAGGAAAGCAUGCAGGUCUUCUCAGAGCUGGUGCGCUCCAUCCAGAAAACUCAGGCCGAGCUGGUUUUGGUCAUCGAGGAGAAGCAGAGGCAGAUGGAGAGGUGGGCUCAAGGCCUCAUUGCUGAACUGGAACAGGAAAUCACUGAGCUGAAGCGGAGGAACGCAGAGUUGGAAACUGUUGCUCGGACUGACCACAUUCAUUUCUUAAAGAGCUUCCCAGCCCUCAGCACUCCACCAUCUGUUAAAGACUGGUCUGAGACCAGUGUUCCCACUGACACAUGUAUUGGGAUGAUCAGAAGAUCAGUGUCCAAACUAGAGGCGACGUUGACUGAAAUGAUUGACAAACUGUCUGACAGUGAGAUCAAAAAAGUUCUGAACUAUACAGUGGAUGUCACUCUUGACCCUGACACAGCCAACCCGUGGCUGCAGCUCUCUCAGGAUAGACAUCAGGUGAGACACCUGGGCGCCUGGCAGGACCUCCCGGACCACCCUGAUCGUUUCGACACGGUGGUUAUAGUAUUGGCCCGUGAGGGCUUCACUUCUGGAAGACACUAUUGGGAGGUCCAGGUGGGGGAAAAGGAUGACUGGUACCUAGGUGUGGCGAGGUCAUCUGUUAACAGAAAGGGCAGGAUCUCUGUAAGCACCACCCAAGGCUAUUGGGCUCUGGCCAUGAAGAAAGGCCAGGGAUACAGAGUGUCAACAUCCCCACCGUCACUGCUCUCCCUCGACCCUAAGCCCAAGAGAGUGGGCGUGUAUGUGGACUAUGAAGAAGGCCAAGUGUCGUUUUAUGAUGUGAGAGCACGGACCCAUAUUUACACCUUUGAGGAUACCUUCACUGAAAAAAUUCUUCCAUUUUUCUACCUGUACUGCUGUGACAAAGCCUCUGACACCAUCAUCAUCUGUCCUGUGAAUGAGAAACAUCUGAUCAAGCAAAGCUAAGGACAUAAAAACAAAAGUUGUUGUAGCUAUACCUGAUUUAAUUACAUGUGAACUGUAGCUAAAUAUGUUAAUUAUACAUCUUGUGAAUUUGUAGCCAACAUGCUACAAAACCUCAAAUGACGUUCUGGUAAAAAGAAACAGUGUUGACAUUAUUGCAGAAGGUCUCAUAAGAUUUGUAUUUCAAGAUUGUUUGCAUAUUAAAUACAUUGUCAUUUGAUUAGCAUUAAAAACUGGGUGUGCAGGAAGACAAAUCAUAACAAUAGAGUAAUUUUAUUUUGUGAGUAAGUGCAAUUAUUUUCUUGCCGAACAUUUAAUGGAAAACUAGUUACUACAUUAAUGAAAGCAUGGUAGAAGCAGAUCUUGAUCUUGAUCAGCUAACUAAGUUCAGUUAGCUGUUUCUGUAAAGAUUGCAGCAAAAUGUUUAGAAGUCCCAAAAUCUACUGACAGGAGGUCUUUUGCUCAACAGUAUGUUACACCUCAGAAGUUUUAUGUAUGUUUCUGGGUUUACUUUAGCAGGACUGGAAGCAUUGGUAAAUGGCCUGUAUUUGUAUAGCGCUUUACUUAGUCCCUAAGGACCCCAAAGCGCUUUACA